UUCCAACAAGUAGUAACGCGCACUCUUUCCAUUCCCUCUCAUACUUUGCUAUUAUAGGAGGACAGUAGUCUCUUGCUACUGCCAACCGCAUUUAUUUCCAAAAUGCACCAAAUCUCAUUCAUCAUCAUCGCGAUCAUCGCCGCCACCUUCGUGGUGGCCGACGAUGACGGCACCGUCAUGCAAAGCCUUCGGCAAUCCCUUAAACCUUCUCCUAACGGCUGGUCUUCCAAUACUUCCUUCUGUCAAUGGUCCGGCGUCAAAUGCUCAUCCGACAACCGCGUCACCAGCAUAAACCUCUCCGAUCAAAAGCUCGCCGGAACCCUUCCCGAUAAUCUCAACUCCCUCACUCAACUCACAACUCUCUAUCUCCAAAACAACGCUCUCUCCGGUCCUCUUCCUUCUCUCGCCAACCUCUCCUCCCUCACAGACGUUAAUCUCGGCAGCAAUAACUUCUCCUCCGUAACUCCCGGCGCAUUUUCCGGCCUUAAUUCACUCCAAACACUCUCCCUCGGAGAAAAUAUCAACCUCUCUCCGUGGACAUUCCCUACCGAGUUGACUCAGUCUUCCAACCUCAACUCAAUCGAUAUCAAUCAAGCAAAAAUCAACGGAACCUUACCAGACAUUUUCGGUAGUUUCUCUAGUCUCAACACCCUUCAUCUCGCAUACAACAAUCUCAGCGGAGGAUUACCUAACUCUCUCGCUGGUUCCGGAAUUCAGAGUUUUUGGAUCAAUAACAAUUUACCUGGGUUAACCGGUUCAAUCACUGUGAUUUCCAACAUGACAUUGUUAACUCAGGUAUGGCUUCAUGUGAAUAAAUUCACCGGUCCAAUUCCAGAUUUAUCGCAAUGCAAUAGUAUAAAAGAUCUGCAACUUAGGGAUAAUCAGUUAACUGGUGUGGUUCCUGAUUCUCUGGUGAGCAUGUCUGGCUUGCAGAAUGUUACUCUAAGAAAUAAUCAGCUUCAGGGACCUGUUCCGGUGUUCGGUAAAGAUGUGAAAUAUAAUUCUGAUGAUAUCAGUCAUAAUAACUUUUGUAAUAAUAAUGCAUCUGUACCUUGUGAUGCUAGGGUUAUGGAUUUGCUUCAUAUUGUUGGUGGGUUUGGGUACCCUAUUCAAUUCGCGAAGUCAUGGACAGGGAAUGAUCCUUGUAAGGAUUGGUUGUGUGUUAUAUGUGGUGGGGGUAAGAUUACCAAGUUGAAUUUCGCGAAGCAGGGUUUGCAGGGAACAAUUUCCCCUGCUUUUGCCAAUUUGACUGAUUUGACGGCUUUGUAUCUAAAUGGGAAUAAUUUGACUGGUUCUAUACCUCAAAAUUUAGCUACAUUGUCUCAACUUGAGACUCUUGAUGUCUCUAACAAUGAUCUAUCAGGCGAGGUUCCCAAAUUCUCACCAAAGGUGAAGUUUAUAACUGAUGGUAAUGUUUGGCUUGGUAAAAAUCAUGGAGGUGGAGCGCCUGGUUCUGCUCCUGGUGGAAGUCCUGCUGGAUCGGGAAAAGGUGCUUCGAUGAAGAAAGUUUGGAUUAUUAUAAUAAUAGUGCUUAUUGUUGUGGGUUUUGUUGUUGGGGGGGCAUGGUUUUCUUGGAAGUGUUAUUCCAGAAAGGGGCUUCGGAGAUUUGCUAGGGUUGGUAAUCCUGAAAAUGGGGAAGGAAAUGUCAAACUCGAUCUUGCGAGUGUUUCAAAUGGAUAUGGUGGUGCUUCGAGUGAGUUGCAAAGCCAGAGCAGUGGUGAUCAUAGUGAUCUUCACGGUUUUGAUGGAGGAAAUGGUGGAAAUGCUACGAUUUCGAUUCAUGUUCUUCGACAAGUGACAAAUGAUUUCAGUGACGAUAACAUUUUGGGAAGGGGAGGAUUUGGUAUUGUUUAUAAAGGGGAGUUACCUGAUGGAACUAAAAUUGCUGUCAAGAGGAUGAUAUCCGUCGCAAAGGGAAGCAAAGGGUUGAAUGAGUUCCAAGCAGAGAUUGGUGUUCUUACUAAGGUUAGGCAUAGACAUUUGGUUGCCCUUUUGGGAUACUGCAUCAAUGGCAAUGAGAGGCUUUUGGUGUAUGAGCAUAUGCCUCAAGGGACAUUAACGCAGCAUCUGUUUGAAUGCCGUGAACAUGGGUACACUCCUUUGACAUGGAAACAAAGGUUGAUAAUAGCUUUGGAUGUUGGACGGGGGGUGGAAUACCUGCACAGCUUAGCUCAGCAAAGCUUCAUUCAUAGAGACUUAAAACCAUCAAAUAUACUAUUAGGUGAUGACAUGAGAGCAAAGGUUGCAGACUUUGGGCUGGUUAAAAACGCACCGGACGGGAAUUAUUCUGUUGAGACAAAGUUGGCUGGAACAUUUGGAUAUCUUGCACCCGAGUAUGCAGCUACUGGAAGAGUGACAACCAAAGUGGAUGUUUACGCAUUUGGAGUAGUUUUGAUGGAACUGAUCACAGGUCGAAAGGCAUUAGAUGAUUCUGUGCCCGAUGAAAGUUCUCAUUUGGUUACGUGGUUCCGUAGGGUACUGACUAACAAGGAAAACAUUCCAAAGGCAAUUGAUCAAACUCUCGACCCGGACGAGGAAACAAUGUUGAGCAUAUAUAAAGUGGCUGAGCUGGCUGGCCAUUGCACCACUCGUUCACCAUACCAAAGGCCUGAUAUAGGGCAUGCAGUGAAUGUGUUGUGUCCUCUUGUGCAGCAAUGGGAACCUACUACCCACACAGACGAAAGUACUUGUGCGGAUGACAAUCAGAUGAGUCUUACUCAAGCACUACAAAGGUGGCAAGCCAAUGAAGGCACUUCAACAUUCUUCAAUGGCAUGACCUCACAAACACAGUCAAGUUCCACAUCUAAACCUCCAGUGUUUGCAGAUUCCCUUCAUUCACCUGAUUGCCGGUAGCCAAAAUUGAUAAAUGAGGCACCCCCCAAGGGCUUCUUCAUAGCCCUUAUAAGAGUGGAAGAAUUGAUCGAGAAAAAUUAUACCCAAGAAAUCUGAAUAUUGUGCAGCUCUUUGAUCCGGUAGCAUCACCAAAAUUACGUCCAUUUUUGUUUUAUUAACUUGACAAUGUAGUUUUUUUUGUCUGCUUUUAAAAUCUCCGUUACUAUGAUAUAGACCUAAAUAUACUAGUAAGUUUGAUGCACUUUAUUGAUUCUUAUGGAUUUUAAAAGAUUGUUGGAGCAUUAUUA